AGAAGAAAACGAAAUGCGCACGAACCAAUCAGAAGGCAGGUUGCCUUUUAAAACCGGGAAAAUUGAAGUCAAAACAUACAUGUUUGUAACUGCACAAAAACAAAGGGCUUAAGAAGGAAGUCGCCACAUAACUAGUUUUUGAGUGUCAGAGGCCAUGGAUGCUAUGGUUUACCUUGAUCAAGAGAAUGGCACACUUGCUGCUCCAUCCAUAAAAGUUCGCCAGAGGCUUCAGUCUGCUCCUGAGCGUCUCCUAAAAACUCCACUGAAGACACGGCUCGGAGCUCCUGCGCAGUCAGGCCGUAAAGCUUUGGGAACAGUUAAUAAGAUUGUAGCCACUCCAGCAACCUCUCAUAAAGGUGAUGUGCUGAAUAAACCCCUUGCAGCCCAGCAAUGUAAAGUGGCUCCUCAGCCUGUUGGUGAGGACUACCCAGAGAUUGAGAAGUGCUUCCCAUAUGACCCGAGUGACUUUGAAGUAUACUGUGUACCAGAGGAAGUCUGCCUCAGCCGGUUUUCAUUGGCUGGUUUGAGAAAACAGCAGUGGCCUCUAAAUGUGCUCGAAGAGGAUUUCAGUAUGAUUCCACCAUGUUUGCCACUGUCUCCUCUCAAGAUGCCUUCAGUGCACUACAGAGAUGACCUGGAAGCAUUCCUAGAAACCAUCAGUGAGCUGACUGUGGAUUUGCCAUCUGAGUGUGACUCAUGAUGCUGUUAUAUAUUACACCCUUUUUACACUAAACUUAAUUUUGUAAUAAAGUUUUCUUUUUACAAAUA